AUGGACUUCAUAGAUGGACUGCCUAAAUCUAAAGGAAAGACGGUGAUUUGGAUGGUGGUGGAUCGACUCACUAAGUAUGCUCAUUUCACUGGUCUCUCUUAUCUUUAUUCUGACAAUGAUGUUGCAAAACGUUUUAUGAAAAACAUCUAUAAGUUAGAUGGGGUACCUGAAGAUAUCAUUAGUGACAGAGAUCCAAUCUUUACCACAUCAGCAGAAUGGUGGUACAAUACAACCUUCCACACCUCUAUACAGAGUACACAAUAUGAGGCCCUCUAUGGGCAACCACCCCCAAUACACCUACCAUGCAUGGCUGGAGGUUCUCAGGUAGAAGAAGUGGAUAGAAACCUAUUGACUAGGGAGUUCAAGACACAACUGUUGAAGUACCACCUCAAAAGAGCCCAGCAAAGGAUGGAAGAGCAAGCUAACAAACACAAGUGUGACAGAUUGUCUCUUCCUGCCCAGCUCCAGCUCCUGCUGCACCCAACAUUCCAUGUAUCCCAACUGAAACUCUGUCAUGAAUUUCCUGCUACUAUAACACACCCUCCUAUCAUCAAGUUAUCCAACCCCUAUUACCCACAACCAGAGAAAAUAGUGGAUAGAAGGAUGAUUCAAAAGGGAAACAAGGCAAUGGCGCAUGUGUUAGUUAAAUGGAAGGAGUUACCAUCAGAAUUGGCAAUAUGGGAGGAUUAA